CUGUAUGUUAGGAGUGGCCCUUAGCGGGAGGCUGAAAUAGGAGUCUGGAGGCAGGGGUAGUGCAACCAACCAGGUGUUUUAAUCUCCAACAUUUAACAAAGAUGACAUUCCUGCUUACAUGGUCAUGAGGUGUCGCAGCACCCGCACCUAUUACUCCUAUCAUGUGGCCAACAUGCAGGCUUUGUAAUCCUGGGCGGCACCAAUUAACACACUUCUCAAAAGACAGGGUAGAACAAACCACAUAUACACCAAACAACCAAUCUUCAACACAUAAAUAACAAACAUUCUUCAUGGUUACAUACUCAUUUGCUAUCUAAAACUACCCUCAUAUAAAUAUUAAUUUAUUCAUCACUUCUAAAAUGCCUCAGGCUUUGUUCCCCCUCUUCCAUCUGCACUUGGUCUCUUCCGGAAUCUUUAUCAGGUGUUCAUGGCCCCCGGGGACUCUUUUCGCCUGAACACCCUACAGAGGAACAGACAGAGGUAAGCCAUAAUCUACCAACAUUUGUAAUACAUUUCAUAAUUACCAUACCUACUUCAUUUAUAUUAUUCCCCCCAGGACACCCUCAAUACCCACUGAGAUGUCCUGCAUAAAACACCCAAUAAAAUACUUCAAUCUAUUUGUACCCGUCUCAUUAUCAUUUACACAUAAUUAAAGUGUUAUCCUGACCAGUAAUGAAGACCUUCAUUACACUGUAAUUACCACCCACAGUGUUGGGAACCAGGGUUUUGGUUUUCCUUGUGGGUUUUUUCUCUUGCUGCUUCACCAUUCAUCCACCAGAUAGCAUCAGAGGCUGCCUUUUCCUGGAGGGGCGUGCCCAUGGUUCAGCGCACCUGUGUCCGAUUAUCUCAUUACUCCUGGAGUUCAAGAAGAGCUGACUGCCAGUACUUCUACGCCUGAGUGUUUUGCCAGCAAUGGUGUUUCUUCGUGAAGCCGUGGAUUCUCCUAGAGAAGAUCUUGUCCUGGUUAUUUGGAUUCCCUCUCCUUGUGACGCCGUGAAUAUUACCCACUGGUUUCCCGAGUUCCACUAUCACCUCUUCAAUCUGAUCACAAGCAUUUCCUGGAUUCUCCAGCUAUCAGUCGGACCGCUCCUCUGUUCUCCCAUCACGCCUGAACUUACCUGUCCACCGUCCACCGCACCCUCCGCAUCUCCAUCCGGAUCCUGCUCAGCCAAGCUUCCCCUCUGGAACCUGGACCGACUCAAAGAUAUACACAAAGAGACCAAAGCCCUGAACCCGCUGUCGACCCCUCCCAGACCGAGAUCAUCAUUCCAACAAAACCUGUACCAGAACCGGCUCCUGAGCCUGGCUGCCAUGGCCUCCCCGACCCGCAGUGGGCAGCCCCGCCAGCGCUGCAAAGGUGCAGUGCGUCACAGCUGUGGUCCAGACACGUAUGCAGUCAAUGGUUUGAACCAGGAGGCCUUUAUGCUGGGGUUACAGCGCUCCACCAGUGACACCGACUUGGUCUCACCCGACACCCGCUCCACACUCACCAUCAGCUCUGCCCACUACACCAUUGGCCAGUCUGAAGAUCUGCUCAUCAAAUGGGACAUCAAGGAGGAAGUGGAUGCUGGAGACUGGAUUGGAAUGUAUCUUGUUGAUGAGAAUCUUUCAGAUAACUUUCUUGAUUACAAGAACCGAGGCAUCAGUGGAUCUCACAAGGGACAAAUAGUUUGGAAAAUUGAUUCCAGCUCCAACUUUAGAAACUCUGAGACCCAGGUCUGCUUCAGGUACUACCACGGUGUCACUGGAGCCCUGAGAGCCACUACACCCAGUGUGACCAUCAAGAAGGGCUGCCCACCUGUAUUAAAGCCUGUGGUUAGCCCUGAGGUGAACCAUGGACUGGGCAAUAGGAGACUCAUUAACUUUUCUCUGUCAGAUGUUCAGGCUGUUGGACUGAAGAAAGGAAUGUUCUUCAAUCCUGACCCGUACCUGAAACUCUCCAUCCAGCCUGGGAAGCACAGUAUAUUCCCCUCACUACCACACCACGGCCAGGAAAAACGCUCUAAAGUGGUGUGCAACACAGUCAACCCACAGUGGAGCUCAGAGAGAUUCAACUUUGUGUCUCUGCCCACGGAUGUCCUGGAAAUUGAGGUGAAAGACAAGUUUGCCAAGAGUCGGCCAAUCAUCAAGCGCUUUCUGGGGAAGCUUUCUGUCCCUGUCCAGAGGCUGCUGGAAAAACACGCCAUCGGAGAUCGUGUGGUGAGUUACUCUCUGGGUCGCAGGUUGCCAACAGAUCAUGUUUGCGGCCAGCUGUUGUUCCGCUUUGAGCUGACCUCUUCGAUUCAUCCAGAUGAUGAGGAGGUUUCUCUGGUCAUGGAGCCAGCUUGCAAUGAGGUGGAAACUCCUGCUGAAGGGAACCAUGCAGCCGAUGCACCAGAUGACGACACACUGAGUGUGAGCCUCGAUAUGCCGGAUCUCCCUCUGGAUGCUCCUCUGGACACCAACACCUCAAUGGCAGGAGCACAGAGCCAGGACGUCCCUUUUACUGUUCGGCAAGAAGACAACAGUGCUGCAGAGGUGGAACCAGGAAGAGUGGAGCAGCAGAGCACAGUUAGGAAUGAGACCUCAGCUUCACAGCCUGAGGGAGAGCCAGGGGAUGGGGCCUCACCUGAACGGCAGGAGGGCAAUGGAGAAGAGGAGCAGGGAGGGGAAACUGGAGAGGAGAGCAAAGAGGCUGAGGGUGCAGCCCAACCUGAGUCAGACUCAGACUGCCAUAUAGAGGCACAGACAAAUGGAGGGGCCACUGGUGCUGCUGUAUUGGCUCCAUCUGUGGAGGCGGCCCCAACACAGGAAGAAUGUGUAGACUCUACCCCAGGAGCUUCACAGGAGCCCAAUGAGAAAGGAGAAAGCAGCUGUGAACCCUGCUCCUGCCAGUCUCUGUUCUCCAACUGCAACUUCCAAGCUUCGUCACGGCGUAAAGCACGGCCCUGCUCCCUGCCUGUGUCAGAGCUGGAGACGGUGAUUGCCUCGGCGUGCGGGGAGCUAGAGACGCCAAGAUCCCACUACAUCCGGAUUCACCACCUCCUGCACAGCCUCCCAUCAGCCAGACCUCCCAGCCAGGAAGAGGAGGGGGAGGUCACCAACUCCACUGUGGACUCCAACGCUACAACCUCCCCAACCCUGAAGAGCUCCAAAGAGGAGGAAGAGGUGGAAGAGGAGGAAGAAGAGGAGGACACAACACAGUCCCCAUCUCAGGUCCCAGAGUGUCCAGGCUCAUUCUGCCGGCGCUCUCUGCCCCGUAGCCUUUCCAUUGAGCGCCUGUCUGAGUUGAACCAGCUGCUGGAAGGUGAAGGAGGACGAGGAGGACAUGCAGUAACAAGAAGGAUCUCUCCAUCUUACUUAGAUAAUGAAGAGGGGGAUUCUAACUUUGAAGGAGGGCCCAGGAUGUGUAGCAGGACCCAUAGACCUCCGGGAGAGAAUGAGUGUGAGUUCUGUGACACGUCCUGUUACAGCACCUCCUGCUACAGCACUUCCUGCUACAGCACCUCCUGCUACAGCAACUCAGGUUACGAGGAGCGGGGCCGCUUUUGCAGCCACAACCGCCUGUCAUCAGUGGACAGCAACCGGCUCUCCGGCAGCACCGUCUUCUCCUCCCAGGAUGAAGAGGAAGAUGAGGAGAGCGCCUUUGAGUCUGUUCCCAACCCGGUCCAGAAUAACUCUCAGGAUCCGGGUGGGGACGGGGGAGAGAGGAGGACUGGAAGAUGGAACGAGGCUAGAAGAAGGGAGCAGGGAGAGCCAGCAGAGGCCGGACCCAGUGAUAAGAACUGCAUCGGUUCAGAUCUCUCCCCUCCUGUUGGCCAUCUUCCAGUACUGCGACCCAGCCAUGACCCAAAACAUUUUCCUGCUGCCACUGACCCAGCCUUACCUCCAAACUGGGAAGCUCGUGUUGACAGCCAUGGCAGGGUCUUCUAUGUCGAUCAUGUCAACAGGACCACAACUUGGCAGAGACCAAGCCAUGGUGCCAAGUGCAACCAUGGCAUCCCUCGCUCGGGUUCUACACAGCAAAUGGAGCAACUCAACCGGAGAUACCAGAACAUCCAGAGGACCAUGGCCACAGAGGAGGAUAGUGGGAGUCGGAGUUCAGAUGGUGAAUUGGAGCCUGUUCAGACAGCCCCUUCCUCCCCGGUCAAUCAUCAGAAGAUCACAUAUCUCCUUCAGUCACCGGCUGUCAAGUUCAUCUCACACCCUGAAUUUUUCACUGUGUUGCACAGCAACUAUGCAGCUUACCGUAUGUUCACCAGCAGCAGCUGUGUGAAGCACAUGAUCCUGAAGGUGCGUCGUGAUGCCAGAAACUUUGAGCGCUAUCAGCAUAAUAGGGACCUGGUGGUCUUCCUUAACAAGUUUGCAGACACACAGCUGGAGCUGCCAAGAGGCUGGGAAAUCAAGACUGACCCACAAGGAAAGUCUUUCUUUGUGGAUCACAACAGCCGAGCCACAACCUUCAUUGACCCUCGGAUCCCACUGCAGAAUGGUCGACUGCCAGGCCACCUGGCCCACAAACAGCACCUGCAGAGACUCCGUAGUUACAGCGCUGGAGAGGCCUCUGAAGUGUCCAGGAGUCGAGGGGCGUCUCUGAUGGGUCGGCCCGGUAACAGCCUGGUAGCAGCCAUACGCAGUCACCGUCAAACUGACCCAAAGCAGCUGACUGCUCUCUCUUACAAUGACAAGAUAGUGGCAUUCCUACGACAGCCAAACAUAUUUGACAUGCUGCAGGAGCGCCAGCCCAGUCUAAGCAGAAACCACGCAUUAAGAGAAAAGGUGCACUACAUCCGGACAGAAGGUACUCAGGGUGUGGAGAAGCUGUCAUGUGAUGCAGACCUUGUAAUCCUGCUAAGUUUAUAUGAAGAGGAAAUCAUGUCUUACAUUCCACCUCAUGCCGUCCACCCUGGGUUCAGUUUCUCCCCUCGCUGUUCACCCGCUUCCUCCCCACAGAGCUCUCCUGGUCUGCAGAGAGCCAGGGCCCCAGCUCCUUAUCGCAGAGAUUUUGAAGCCAAGCUGCGAAACUUCUACCGCAAACUAGAGGCUAAAGGCUAUGGCCAGGGACCGGGCAAGAUCAAACUGCUGAUACGAAGAGAACACCUGCUGGAGGGAACCUUCAACCAAGUGAUGGCGUAUUCACGCAAAGAGCUGCAGAGGAACAAACUCUAUGUCACCUUUUUAGGGGAAGAAGGAUUAGAUUACAGCGGUCCAUCCAGGGAAUUCUUCUUCCUGCUCUCCCAGGAGCUCUUUAAUCCAUACUAUGGUCUGUUCGAAUACUCAGCCAAUGACACAUACACCGUUCAGAUCAGCCCCAUGUCAGCUUUUGUUGAGAACCAUCUGGAAUGGUUCCGUUUCAGUGGCCGUAUUCUCGGCCUGGCUCUGAUCCACCAGUACCUGCUGGAUGCCUUCUUCACCAGACCCUUCUACAAGGCUCUGCUCAGACUGCCCACAGACCUGUCUGAUCUGGAGUACCUGGAUGAGGAGUUCCACCAGUCUCUCCAGUGGAUGAAAGACAAUGACAUCACUGACAUCUUGGACCUCACCUUCACUGUGAACGAGGAAGUUUUUGGCCAGGUGACAGAGCGGGAGCUGAAGUCAGGUGGCUACCACCUCCAAGUGACGGAGAAGAACAAGAAGGAUUACAUUGAGCGAAUGGCGAAGUGGAGAGUGGAGAGGGGGGUGGUGCAGCAGACGGAGGCACUGGUCAGAGGCUUCUAUGAGGUGGUGGACUCCAGGCUAGUGUCGGUGUUUGAUGCGCGGGAGUUGGAGCUGGUCAUUGCUGGGACGGUUGAGAUCGAUCUCAGUGACUGGAGGAGCAACACGGAGUACAGAGGAGGUUACCAUGAUGGCCACAUAGUAAUGCGAUGGUUCUGGGCAGCGGUGGAGAGGUUUACCAAUGAGCAGCGUCUCCGCUUGCUGCAGUUCGUCACAGGGACGUCCAGUGUGCCGUACGAAGGCUUUGCAUCCCUAAGAGGAUCUAACGGCCUCCGGCGUUUCUGCAUUGAAAAGUGGGGCAAAGUCACAUCACUACCCAGGGCUCACACCUGCUUUAACCGCCUUGACCUUCCUCCAUACCCCUCAUACACCACUCUGUAUGAGAAGCUGCUCAUCGCUGUGGAGGAAACCAGCACUUUUGGCCUGGAAUGACCCAUAGGAAUCAAAUGGUUUCACUCUGGCUAGGCCUGGAAGCUGAAGGAAGGAGAGCAGCCCAUGUUGGCUCCAAGUCUUGUAAAGAUUUGUGAAGUGUAACAGACAUUUGGUGAAUUGGCCUGGUUGGGUUCUCUGUGUUCAACUAUCAGUUCACUAGAAGGAGGUUUCUGACUGCAGCCAUAUGAUGACAGUUCUAGUUUUAUUAGUGGUAGUGAAACACCACAAUGACUUUUCAAAACUCAUUAUGUCUAUGUCUGUAUGAAGGAAUCCAAAAUUCUUAUUUGCAUGAACCAAAGUGGAUCAGCCCUCCAAAAUACCAAAAUGCUCAUGGUAACAAAUAAUAAAUGGAAAACAGGCAGAUAAAGUGCCUGUUUUCCAUAUGACUGGAAAACAACAAAAUAGUUCUCAAAUAAGACUUCUACAAAUCUAAGAUUGUUGACAUUGUUAGAUUUACCGAUAUUCCAUCCAUCCAUCCAUUUUCUUCCACUUCAUCCGGGGUCGGUUCGCCGGGGUAGCAGC